GGAUAUUUCCGACUCGCCUUGCAAGAGAAGCUCCCCGCGAAGACGCCCGAGCAGAGCGAUGAUCACUUCCCACCGCUGCUGCGUCUCCUGGAGAAGAGGCGAGAGCUGGCGGCCGCAGACCGGGAUCUGCAGGCCCAGAGGGAGGCGUUCCGCGCCAGGAUGGCGGCCCUGAGUCAGCGCUGGGAACAGCUGGAACAGAAGGAGCGGGAGUUAAAGGAGUCCUUUGUCCGCUUUGACAAGUAUUUGCAGGAGUCCAGGUGGGCUCAGGUGCAGAGCUCGGCGGCCGAGAGGACGCUGCUCCUGGGACGCGCCAGGAUGGCGGUGCUCAACCUGUUCCGGCAGGCGUGCCAGCAUCAGAGGCAGCCGCCGGCCCUGGACAUCGAGGACACCGAGGGGCAGCUGGAGCAGGUAAAGCUGUUCAUCCAGGACCUGUCCGCCAUGCUGGCCCGCCUUAACCAGCCCGAGCCUGCGGCCUCCACCUCCAGCCAUGACCAGCCCUCCUCGUCAAGGCACCGGCUCCUUUGGGAGCUCUCCCGGUGCCGGGCGCACAACAGUGCGCUGGAAACGGCAGCUGACGUCCAGCUAGGCGAGUGA